CAGCAACAAGACUUAAAAAUGGCAUUCAGGUUCAUCAGUUUCUUGGCUUUGGUAGCAGCAGCCAAUGCUGGAUUUAUACCAGCAAGUUAUCAUGCGCCAUUGGCUUACGCAGCACCUGCGGCGUACGCAGCCCCAGCAAUAGCUAAAGUUGCGACACCAGUAUUAGCUAAGGCUUCUGAAGACAGUUACGAUCCUCACCCACAGUACAGCUACUCGUACGAUGUCCAGGACUCAACAACUGGUGACUUUAAGAGCCAGCAUGAAACCCGCGAUGGUGACUCUGUUCAGGGCAGCUACUCACUUCUUGAAGCUGAUGGUUCCCGCAGAACUGUUGACUACACUGCUGAUGCGAUCAAUGGAUUCAAUGCUGUCGUCCACAAGGAACCAACAACAAAAUUAGCUCUCGCUGCAGCGCCUGUUGCUAAAAUAGCGACUCCAGCUGUUGCUUACGGAGCACCAAUUGCCAAAAUAGCAACACCAGUUGCUGCAACUUACGCUGCUCCAGCUUUCGCAGCAGCUCCAGCUUAUGCUGCAGCUUACGCUGCACCUGUUGCUAAAUUAGCAACUCCAGCUGUUUCUUAUGGAGCACCAGCUUUUGCUAAAUUAGCAACACCAGUCGCUGCUGCUUAUGCGGCACCACAUCCUUACAUUUCUCACAUCAGUUACUCUACCCCUCUGUUCUCAACAAAUGGCGCAGCGACUGGAGCUGCAUACGCCGAAGCAAUAAUUGGUCCAGAAACUGGAGCUACAGGUGCGACAACUUUGGCAGCAACUGGAGCUGCUGGAAUUGCUGUUUUAGCAACGAUUGGAGCAACAGCAACUGCUGGUUCACGAUUUACGACUGCAUUAAAUCCAUUAACUGGAUCAGCAGUUUUUCUUUUUGCUGCGGUGAUAGCUGUUGGCUCUGUUAAGGCAGCAGUAGUUUCAGUUGCGCCGGCAGCUCCAGUUGCACCAGUUUUAGCUAAACUUGAAGAUUUUGAUGCAGUACCACAGUACAGUUUUGCUUACGAUGUCCAGGAUGCACUGACUGGUGAUUCAAAGGCUCAGUAUGAAACCCGUAAUGGUGACGUAGUCCAAGGAAGCUACAGUUUAAUUGAAGCUGAUGGUACCCGAAGAAUUGUUGACUACACUGCUGAUCCAGUUAAUGGAUUUAAUGCAGUCGUAAAUCGUGAACCAGCAGUUGCUGUUGCUCCAGUUGUUGCUAAAACAGCAAUUCCAGCAGCUCCAGUUGCUGCCAAAGUUGUCGCACCUGUAGCUCCAGUCGCUGCACCAGUUGUUGCUUCUCCAUAUGCAGCACCAGUUGCUGCCAAAGUUGUCGCACCUGUAGCUCCGGUUGCUGCACCAGUUGUUGCUUCUCCAUAUGCAGCACCAGUUGUCGCUUCUCCAUAUGCAGCUCCAGUUGUUGCAGCACAAUACAGAGCUCCAGUUGUCGCUUCGCCAUACGCGGCUCCAUUUGUUGCUGCUCCAGUUGUCGCGAGAAGUUUCCCACGUGCAGUUGCUACUAGACUCUCUGCUCCAGUUUACUCUGGACCAUUCAAUUACGCUGUCGCACCCACUACUGUAUUUUAAUGAUUGUUAUUUUUGAAUUUUGUUUUGUACUAAUAUGAUUUUCAUUUUUGUUAAUUUUGUUCGUCCAUUUUUUUUGUUAUAAAUAAAUUUUUACUGAAUAUUA